ACGUAUAUAUACCUUGGCAGAUUCGAGCAGGUUCCACCAGCACCGGACACGGUACAACCUCACACUCGCACUCCACCUUCUGCUUCUCUUCUGCACUCCAAAUCUCAGAUACCAUGUCUGUUCUAUCCGCCUCCGCUUCUGCGCUCAAGCGCAACAUCGCCGCCGCCGCCAAGGGGCAGCGCAUGCUCAACGGCCGCACCCUCGCGCCGACGGUGAACCACAACAGCUCCGCCGGCUUGAAGGUUCUCGCUGUCCUCUACAAGGGUGGCGAAGCCGCGAAGCAGGAGCCGCGCCUCCUCGGCAGCGUCGAGAACCAGCUCGGCAUCCGCGAGUGGCUCGAGUCCCAGGGCCACGAGUACAUCGUCACGGACUCCAAAGAAGGCCCAGACAGUGUGUUCCAGAAGGAACUGAAGGACACCGACAUCCUCAUCACGACGCCGUUCCACCCCGGCUAUCUCACGCGCGACCUCAUCAAGACCGCGCCGAACCUGAAGCUGUGCGUCACCGCGGGCGUCGGCUCGGACCACAUCGACCUGAACGCGGCCGUCGAGCGCAAGAUCCAGGUGCUCGAGGUGACGGGCUCGAACGUCGUCUCCGUCGCGGAACACGUCAUGAUGAGCAUCCUGCUGCUCGUCCGCAACUUCGUUCCCGCGCACGAGAUGAUAGAGCGCGGCGAGUGGCAGGUGUCUGACAUCGCGCGCAACGCGUAUGACCUCGAGGGCAAGGUCAUCGGCACCCUCGGCGCGGGCCGCAUCGGACGGCUUGUCCUGGAGCGCCUGAAGCCGUUCAACCCGAAGGAGCUGCUCUACUACGACUACGCACCUCUCUCCGCAGAGAACGCGGAGAAGCUCGGCGCGCGCCGCGUCGAGGAUCUCAAGGAGUUUGUCUCGCAGUGCGACAUCAUCACGAUCAACGCGCCCCUGCACGAGGGCACGCGCGGGCUCAUAAACGCCGACCUCCUCUCGCACUUCAAGCCCGGCGCCUGGCUCGUGAACACCGCGCGCGGCGCGAUCUGCGUCGCGGAGGACGUCGCGGCCGCGCUCAAGACCGGCCAGCUCAACGGGUACGCGGGGGACGUGUGGAACGUGCAGCCCGCGCCGAAGGAGCACCCGUGGCGGCACAUGAAGAACCACCUCGGCGGCGGGAACGGGAUGGUGCCGCACUACUCGGGGACGACGCUCGACGCGCAGGCGCGGUAUGCGGAGGGGACGAAGGACAUUUUGGAGCGGUACUUCAAGGGGAAGGCGCAGGAGCCGGCGAACGUGAUUGUGGGGCUUGGCAAGUACGAGACCAAGUCGUAUGGACAGCGGUAGGGGGCUACGGGAGCUUCCUGACAAUGGUCUGCGCAGUAUCUACCGUUAAUGCAUGAGGUUCAACGACAUGUGCAUUUGCCACAAUAGCGUAAUCAUUCCGUAUGUGCUCA